UUGAUAUUCGCGAUUACUCCGGUAUUGCAUGAACACCACCCAAUACCAGCAAUAGGUUUCUUCAUAUUUCUCGAAUAUUCGAUGGACAAACGAAACUGAAGUCGUUUGGAAAACGAAACUAGUCGAGGCUUUAUAUUCCCACAGCAUCACUGCUGUUAUGGAGAACAUACGUUUAUCACCAAGUAGCACACAUCCAUCAUCCAGCUCAGAGACUUUGAGUUUUUAUUUCCUCCCCAGCAGCAGUUGGUCAUGGACAUCACAAUCACUCUUCUUAACGGGGAGUCUCACCCUCUCAUCGUGGCUCCAGGGACCACCGUGGGCUCGCUGAAAGACCUCCUCUCUCAAAGGUCUCGACUCUCCCCGGAGGGUCAGAAGCUUUUCUACGACAACGACGGGGAGAAAAUAAUUCUCGACAAUCCCAUAACAUCUCUGAGUGCCUAUGGUGUGUCAUCCGGCGCCAAUAUCUUCGUGCUGGCCAAGGAGGAGCCAACCAACAUCCAAGUCUUCCUGAGAACGCUGAACGGCCAGACUCACGCCUACACCGUCCGAGCUGGGGAGACGGUGGCGGGCUUCAAGCUCAAGGUGAAACAGCGGGAGAAGGUGGCCGAGGACCAACAAAGGCUGACGCAUGAAUCCAAGCAGAUGGACGACGGAAGUCGUACACUGGAGUCCUAUAAUGUGAAAGAGGGCAGCAACAUCUACCUGAACGGACGGCUGAGAGGCGGCUAGGACUCGAGAGGCGGUUAUUCGAGAGGAGACUAGACAGGACACGACUCAAAUAGAGAGAUCUGCACGAAUGUGUUUGUUUGUCUCUGAUUGUUUGUUGAGUUUAUUUACAUUUGUGAAUGAAAACAGGUUCAUACAGACAGUUGCAUUAAAAGCACUUAACUGCCUGAAGUUCAACAUAUUUGUAGAACAUAAUCUGAUAAUAAAAAUCAGAUUAUAUGAAUAAAAAAAUAAUGAGGUUACGUUUAGCUAGACCGUUAGACGCUUAGGCCUAUAGUUGUAGGCCUAUAUGCCACUGUUUAUACCACUUCAAUGUUUACACUGUUCCACUGUCAAUUGAAUAACUGAAUUUAUUGAAAAAUAAAUUCAAUCAUAAAUAUUGUUUUUAAA